AAAGAAGUAUAUAACAUCUUCUCAUAAAUAUCUAUUCAAAUUAAAAAAAAAAAACCUUCAAAAGAGGAGAAACAUGUUCGUCAACGUAGAUUUCUCCAUUUUUUUUAAAUUGAAGCUUCUUUAAAUUAGGAACAACUUCUUCACCAACAAAUUUUCUCCUUUUUGAUCGCCUAAGUGAAGAAUCCUUACUCACACUUGUUGUAUUUGCCACGUAGGAGUCAAACGACCAGGGGAGACAAUGUUCCAACAUCGGAGAGGGGGAGACACCAUCUGAAAAAAGAUGGAGAGACAUUUACUUCACCGAUCCCUUUGCCUCGGCAAACUGCCGUCCAACUAGUCGGAUCUAAAUUUUGGGGCUUUGAUAUUGUUUUAUCCUUGGUUUUGGUCUUGAUUAGUUCAGUAUAUGGAUGGCCUCUUAUUCUUCUUCCCGUUCCCGUGUUGUUAUCUACGUCAGCGAUGAAAGGACAAGCACCCGCUUUAAGUUCACAAGUUACGUCUGCGAUGCAUUAGAUCGGGAAAGAAAGAAAUUGCAUAAAGAAAUUGAAUAUUUUAAUGAGGAUACAGUUAGGAAAGGAGUUGUUCGUUUCCGCGAAAUCAAGAAAAUAAUAAAAGAUUCGUGGAUUUCAAUAGUCAUAAUCUCCGAAGCUUAUGCCACUAAAGAUUGUUUAGAUCAGCUCCUGAUUAUACUCGAAGAAAAGAGAGAGAAGGGGGAAGCAUAUAUGGUUCUACCGGUUUUCUAUUUAGUGAGUCCAGAUGACGUGGAAACACAGAUUGGAAACUUUGCAAAGCUAUUUGCUGAUCUCAGACAAAAACAUGGGGCGCAGAUGGCAGAGAAGUGGGGGAAAGCUCUUGCUGAGUUGGUGGGAAUUGGUGGACGUGUUUUGGAGCCCAACAAGUCCGAAGCCUUCUUUGUUACUCUCAUUAUUGGUGAUGUUUUAAAGCAUGUAGAUUGGCUUUAUGCUAAAGGAAUUAUUCCAGUAACUUCAUCAGAGAAGUCACUUGGAGUUGAGGCAUCUGUAGAGUGUUCGAAGAAACUGAUUAAACUUGGAAGUAAAGGCACUAGUGAAUGUCUUGCACUAAAAGGAAAUAGGGACGAAGGUAAGUGCAUUGAAAUUGAAUGUUUUGAAAGCCAAAUAUCUCCUCCUCCGAAUCUUGCCUUUAGGGGUUCACUUGAGAAGCUAAUUAGUGGAGAAGCAAACAAUUGCAAGAGUGAUGAUUCCAGACUUAAGAAUAGUGGUAGCUUAAUAAUAUCCUCCUCUAAACUUGGGUCAUUUAACAAAUCAGUUCUUAAAGCAUUGCUGGAACAUCAAGCUUUCUUCUCUCAAGAUCUUGAGUUGGGUAGUCAAAACUUGGGGGAUUUGAGUAAUAGUUUCCAAAUUUUAAAGGGCUUGACUGAAGAUGAUGGAAUUAACAUAGUGGAAAAGAGCCAACUGUCGGUCCUCGAAUUUGAAUCAGCUGCAGUUAUAGAGCAAAUUCGUAGCUUUGCUAAAGGAAGGAAGGAAGUCGAGUUAGAGAUCCAGAAAUUGGAUGGACAAAAGGAAGAAAUGGAAAAGUGUUAUAGGAUGAUGGAUAGCCACAGGGAAUAUCUUAAGCCAGAAAUGAGUGCUGCAAAGAGCCAGGAACUCUAUCAUUCGCUCGAGUUAUUGAAGUCGAGCUUUGUUGAACUUGAAAACUCUAGAGAUGCCAAGUUGCAUGAGCAGAAGGUCCAGUUAGAAGAGUUAGAGCAACAGGGACGGCAACGCCUCCGGAGUCUCCAGCAAUUUAUUGAUGGUCUCAUCUCCAAGUUUCACGAACUUGCAGGAAGAGAUUGCUAGUCGUCCACAAGUUUUCCAUUUGCAAAGUUGUGUUUCCGGUACCUUAUUCUUGACAAUUUUUAUUAUAAAUUACUUUUUCAUGCGCAA